GGAUGAUCAAAAUUUCAAAACAAAGACCUCACUGCUCCAGCUUCUUCUUCUUCUUCCCCACUCCAUUUUCUCUGUAAGUUUCGCUAGGGUUCUUUGACAAUGGCGGAAUCCGCGGCCGCACCAGUUGCCCCGAGCGCCGAGUUGCUGGAGUUUCCGAAGAAGGACAAGCGCCGGAUGCUCCACGCCGUCUAUCGCGUCGGCGACCUCGAUCGCACCAUUCAGUUCUACACUGAAGGCCUAGGGAUGAAGCUGCUUAGGAAGCGAGACAUCCCCGAGGAGAAAUACUCCAACGCCUUUCUCGGAUUCGGCCCCGAGGACUCGCACUUCGUCGUCGAAUUGACUUACAGUAAGAUAGUCCUUUCUCUUCUCCCCUGCAUCUUCAUUCGGUUUGAAUUGAAGAAGAACCUAAUUUUCCUUAGCUUGCUUACUUCAGAUUAUGGUGUGAGCUCCUAUGAUAUUGGGACUGGAUUUGGGCACUUUGCCAUUGCCACCGAAGAUGUUUACAAGCUGGUGGAGAACGUCCGGGCUAAGGGAGGCAGUGUGACCAGGGACCCAGGUCCAGUGAAAGGCGGGAAGAGUGUCAUUGCCUUCGUGAAGGAUCCUGAUGGUUACAUGUUCGAGCUCAUCCAGAGAGGCCCGACCCCCGAGCCUCUCUGCCAAGUUAUGCUUCGUGUUGGCGACCUGGAUCGUGCCAUUAAGUUCUACGAGAAGGCAUUGGGAAUGAAGAUGUUGAGGACUAUUGAUAGGCCUGAAUACAAGUACACACUGGCCAUGAUGGGUUAUGCCGAUGAGGAUAAGACCACCGUCUUGGAGCUGACUUACAACUAUGGUGUGACUGAAUACACCAAGGGGAAUGCAUAUGCUCAGGUUGCUAUUGGCACCGACGAUGUCUACAAAAGCGCCGAGGUUGUGAACCAUGUUAUCCAAGAAGUUGGCGGCGGGAAGAUUACUCGACAACCAGGACCCAUUCCGGGGAUCAACACCAAGAUUACUUCGUUUCUGGACCCUGAUGGCUGGAAAACUGUUAAGUUUCCUUGUAGCAUCUCAUGAGUCCAUUGAAACGAUCCGCCUUUUGCUUCAUCAGCUAUCUCGCUCUGAUGAAUUAGAUGUUCUAUAUUCAUUUCUGGUGACGCCUUUGGCUAUUGGUUUUGUAGGUGUUGGUUGACAAUGAAGAUUUCCUGAAGGAAUUGCAGUGAGAAGGGAGAUUGUUGAGCUAUGGACUGCGGAAUUAUGUAACUCUGUAUUGCUAGUUGUAGUAGUAUGAAUAAGUGGUUUGGAUGAUCUUGUGAAGUGAGAGCAGACUGUAAUGUUAUCUAUAGACUCGAUUAAUAAAUGUUGUUGCUUGCUCUAAUUACGGACACCCGCUUUGUGAAGUAGGGUGUGGCAUGUUAAGGUUGCUACGUGAAGUGACCUA